GCGCGCGAGAGCAGGCAACCUGUUUAAAGUCAGGGAGCAAACGAGAGAAAAAGCCUCAGCCAAUCAGUGACCCGGGAUUACUCGCGGGUUGUGGUGCAUUCUCGGAAGUUUGUUUUAGAAGUGCCAGGAAAAGUGCCUAUCGGAGCACGUUCCUCAUUUCACAUACGGAAACAAACGAGGAAACAACGGAUACAAACGGCAGGGCGGGGGACACCCAGCGUCUGGGAAUGCCAACGUCGCAUAAAAGCGAGCGCUGUCAGCUCAACGGAAAUCUCCGAUGUUUUCCCGAAGGCAAAUCAGAAUCGGACGCAGAAAGCAUGAGCGCGUAGGCUUUACCUUUCACGGCAAGGGAUUUCCGGCAUUGAACGGAAACGGCCGAUGCACCUCCAAAAAGGCUCUCAGAAUCUGGAGGGGAGCUGUCACGACCGCAAGGGGAACUCGCAGCCCUACCAGGCUCUUAAGUACACAUCAAAGAGUCACCCCAGUGGUGGUGAUCACCGGCAUGACAAGAUGCGAGACGCCACAGACCCUUCACCACCAAAUAAAAUGUUGCGGCGAUCCGAUAGUCCUGAAAACAAAUACAGUGACGGUACUGGACACAAUAAAGCUAAAACCAUUCAUGGCCACAAAGUUAGAGAAAGGGAUGGUGGGACCAGUUAUUCUCCACAAGAAAACACUCACAACCACAGUGCUCUUCUUAGCUCAAAUUCACAUUCUUCUAAUCCUAGCAAUAAACCAAGCAAAACAUCUGAUGCAUCUUAUGAUUCUGCAGAUGACUGGUCUGAGCACAUUAGUUCUUCUGGCAAAAAAUAUUACUACAACUGCCGAACAGAAGUUUCACAGUGGGAAAAACCGAAAGAAUGGCUUGAAAGAGAGCAGAGACAAAAAGAAGCAAACAAAAUGUCUGUCAACAGUUUUCCAAAAGAUAGAGAUUACAGAAGAGAGGUGAUGCAAGCGACUGCUACUAGUGGAUUUGCUAGUGGAAUGGAAGAGAAGCAUUCCAGUGACGCCGCUAACAUGCUUCCACAGAAUAUUUUGUCUCAGACAAGUAGACACAAUGAUAGAGACUACAGACUGCCAAGGACAGAAACUCACAGUAGUUCUACCCCAGUACAACAUCCAAUCAAAACAGUGGUUCAUCCUUCUACUACUCCAAGUUCUGUUCCUCCUAGUCCAUUUUCUCUACAGUCAGAUCAUCAGCCAAAGAAAUCAUUUGAUGCAAACGGGGCAUCUUCUUUAUCAAAACUGCCUACACCCACUUCUUCCAUCCCUUCACAAAAAACAGAGAGAAAAAGCUUGUCAGAAUCUUCGGACAAGUCUCUAUCCCACACCUGUACAACUCCUUCUACAUCAUCUGCUUCUGGAUUAAAUCUACCUUCUGCACCAACUUCAUCUGCUUCUACUGUCCCUGUUUCACCUGUUUCGCAAUCACCAAUUCCUCCAUUACUUCAGGAUCCUAAUCUCCUUCGACAGUUACUGCCUGCUCUUCAAGCCACCUUGCAGCUUAAUAAUUCUAGCGUAGAUAUAUCCAAAAUAAAUGAAGUUCUUACAGCUGCUGUGACACAAGCUUCUCUGCAGUCAAUUCUUCAUAAAAUUCUCACUGCCGGACCAUCUUUUAAUAUAAGUUCCUUGAUUACUCAAGCAACACAGCUUUCUACACAAG